AUGCUCGGAUUUCAUUCCCUGGAUUUAACUCGACUUCCAAAGACCACUUCUCUCUUCACUGACUUUAUGGAGAGUGGUGAAGGCGUUGUUCAGUCUCGUGAAAACUCUAUCAUAACAUCACAACCUAUUGAUAAUAGGGAGAACUCUACCCAGGACCCUGCAGAUAACAGUAAUGGUCACGUUGAUGCGCCCGCCAACGGUGAUGAAGAGGGCAUCGAGGGUGAAGAAGAUGAAUACUACGGUGAAGAAAGCAUCGUUGCAUACCUCAAUACCCUUAACGACAUGAUUAUCGCCAAAAACGAAGCGCCACGCUCAGGCCGUAUACCCGACCUCAAGUAUGGCAAUACACUGUUCGAUCACCAAAAGCAUGCUGUGGAGGCCGCUUUGAGAUCUCUCGUUGGCCCUCUCAAGGGCAUGAUAUUGGGAGACCCCCAGGGCUGGGCAAAAGCCUGCCAGUGGAUGGCGGAGAUUGAUGCCUUCUUUGAUGCGGUAAGACUGGUGGACAAAUAUCAGGGAAGGGCAUCCGUCAUUGUGAUGAAGAGCGUGAGGCAUGUCCACAAGCCGAUCGUUUGCGUUUUGGAGGAUCAUUUUCGAGGAUCAUUUUCCCCCUUCAACCUGUGGUGGUACAGAGUCGCAAUCGCGUCCUAUUCAUAUCAUACUGAAGAGGUGAACCGUGUUGCAAGGUUCCAGGAUGCCAUCGAAGUCUACAGUGCGGAUCUGGCGUUGCUCUUCCCAAAAAGACCGAAGCUAGUCCUCCUUUCUGGCAGCCUGGAGUCCGAGCCAUGGAAGCCGAUCGGGAAAUGCAUGAUCCUUGACGAGGCUCAUAUCAUCAAGAACCGCAACACUCGCACAUUUGCUGCCAUCGUGGGCAAUUCGAAGGCUGUCUAG